GCAGACGUCGAGGACGAUGUCAGCGCAGAUGGCUUGAGGAGCUGGGUAGCAGAGCUCGGCGAAAGCGCGGCUCGGUCUCUUCGGGCCAGGCUUCGUAAAUGGCGCUUCCGAGGCGACGGGCCCAGCUUACAGCAACUGGCGGCGGAGUUGGGAGUCGCCUUCCAGAGUGUGAGCAGGAGCAAUUUGACUGAGCGAAUCGUCCUGGCAUUGUGUCCUGCCGCUGCUCCGAGCGCAAGUGCGGACAUCAAAUACCACGUCUGGAGAUCCCUCCGAGCAGCUCACGAAGCUGGAGCAGACACUGUUGCAGCGGUGGUCCUUGCUGCCCCUGACAUCUUCGAGGAUGUGAACUUGCGCAGACCUGCCGCUGCUUACUCGCUGGACAUUACUGCCACAGUCUUUUGCGACAGGCAUCUUUCUUCCGCUGCAGAGCAGCAGCUACUUGCGGAGCUGCUUUUGCAGGCUCUGCCGCAUUGGCCAGAGGUAGAUGUUGCGUUGGCCCCGGAAGUGAGCACUGCGUGGGAAGCUGCUGUAGCUAGCUUGAGAGGAGUGAGAGUGCCAUCUCUUUCUGCGCCUUUGCAGCAAUGUCUUCUGGCCGCUGUGCUUGAAGAUCGUGCAGAUCAGCGAGCAGGUGAGCGUCAGAAUUACUCUUUUUCUCACUUUUCUUGCUUUGCCGCCGUUUGUGCUGUGAAUAUGUGUGUAGCGUGCCGAGGUUGGUGGCGUUUAGCUGACUGCUCUGAGCGAACGGACCCCGUGGAUGUCGCUCGUCGUCUUUGGUUGCUGGCCAACCUGGAGGCGGAGCCGCAAGUACAGAGCACGGACGGGUACGAGGACCGCAAGGAUGUUAUGGAGGCCAGGUGGGGGGGCGUCUUAGAACUGCGACAUGAUGCCUCGCCCUCUGCAGUCCUGAGCGUCAUCCAGCACAAGUAUCAGUCCCGUAAGUUCGACCAGGGCGACACCACCGUGCUGCGCGCCCUGAUGCGUCGCUACGGUUGGGAGCGACGGACGCAGCCCGGCGAGCCAUGCCGCUGGUCCCAGACGUUCGCCCACGUGCGAAAGCCCGAGGACUGGUCGCAGUUUGCUUGGUUCUUGGCCACGGAGCUCCUGCACCCGCUGGCCGGCCUUGGCGUGCGCGAGCUGCACAGCCCCAACGCAGUGUCGGAGGAAAGGUCUCGCGAGGAAAGUAUAGACCUCGCAGUGCUCUCUUUGCGGGACGACCUCGUCUCUUGGCAGGUUGUGGAAGGGUGUUCUCGUAUCCCUUCGGUAGAGGAGAACCCUGUCUUGGCCAAGCGCGCGGAAAAAUAUUACACUGGGGGCGCCGCCGCAAGAGUCAAGGCCAUGACAAAGGCUUACCCUCCGGACUUUGCGCCGUUGUCGACGUUGGCACUGGAUUGCUUAGCAAAUGGCCCGGACGCGCAAGCCGGCAUUCUUUGGCGUUCUGCUGCGGAGAGGGCGCUCCUGUUUGCCGUUCCUGGCUGGAGCGAGGGCGGGUGCCGCAAGCAAUGUUAUGUCCCCUUGGAGGAUCUGGUUGGAGACGCGAACCAAGUCGUCAUGGGAGCGCUGAGGCUGCUGCAGGACCCGCAGAAGUCUCUGACGCGGAAGCUGGAGCGUGUCGCUGCGCUGCUGGAUUGCUCUCCGACCUUGCCCGCCGUGAAUGAAGCUGUGUCCGGCCACCUGCUGCGCUCUUUCUCGGACGACCCUUCAGUACUUUCUGAAAGGUACUGCUGCCGCUUGUGUGACUUCAACUGCCAGAACCUCACAGACCUUAAGGAGCACAUUGUGAGCAGUCAUUGCGUGCGUUCUCUGGAUGUAGAGCGAGCUUUCGUGGAGUACCGCAAGAAAAUCCUGGCAAUGGUGCCUGAGAUGAGCCGCCAGCGUACAAUCGCAGCCAACUUCGACGAACAGCUGCGCUGCCCUCCUGGAAUGCACGCUGGCCGAGCGGAAGGGGGUUGUGUGGUUUGCGCCCGUCGCUUCUGGGUUAACGAGCUGUACCCCAUGGUCCUGUUUCAGCCACCGGACGCAGACAUGUCUUCAAUCGAGGUGCCCUCCGGUGCCGAGACAGUAUUGCCGAGUCAGCAGGCUCGUCUGUGCCGAUUGCUGGGCAUCGAUCGGUACGCCGAGCGCUGGCCACAGAUACCUCUUUCCGAACUUCAGGCAUCCGCUGUCCAGCACCCGUACAUGGAGGGACAGUAUCUGUUGCUGCAUCGACGGCGCAUGCCAGCAUCACCCUCGGACCCUUGUACGGUUUGCCGAGAGUGUCGCAGCAGUUUGAAAUGCUCCGUUCUCAUGCUUCCAAGGCACGCGCUGGCUAACGAUCUCUGGAUCGGACGCUCUCUGCCCGAGCUGAGCAACCUGUCGCCUGGAACAAAGCGGUUACUCCCUCUCGUGCGGGUCUGCAUGCAGGUGACGGUUUUGCAGCCGCUGUCGCUACCGCGCGAUGAGAGGCAGAAGGGAUACAUCGGCAACACGAUUUUCCUUCCACAGGCCGGCCCUGGAGCUAUUCAGGCGACUCUGCCCCCCAAAGACCAGGACAUGGCCGAGAACAUCUUGUUCGUUCUUGUCGGCCAGAAGAAACAGGAACUGAAGUCCAGCAAUGUCUUGCAAGCUCCCAGAGACGAGUACGUUGCAGCCGUGGAGAAACUUCGGACGACCUCGCCUUACUACCGUUCGGUUGCUCUGGACCCGGGCAGACUCCAGGACAGCGUGCUGGAAGGCUGUGUUUUGGAGACUGCCGUUGACAGCUACUUGGCCCGUGAACUCUUGCAAAAGGGGCCAGCUGACGCGCAAGGGCAAGCUGAGGAAGACGAGCGCGAGGAGCAGCCUGCCGCGCCAGCCGGUAGCAGCUCGGAGGACGCUGUCUUGCGAAAUCCACCUGCUGCGCUGGAGUCAGGUCAUCUCGUGUCUAGUAUCGUUGGCCUCAACGAUGACUCAGACCAGGGCAACCGCUGGCUUCGAGUCUGCCGCGAUGUGGAAGAAUUGUGCCGUCGCAAGCCGCGGCAAGACUAUACCGAGGCUGAAUCGGUUCUUCGCAAUCGGGCUCAAAACGACUUGGGUCCUGAGCAGGCAGAUGCCGGGGGCUUGUUGGGCCGCGAGGGAGCUCAGGAGCAGCGCGUGCUGAGCCGCGUGCGAAGGGUGCAGUCGCUAGCUAACAGUGUGGAGCACGAGCGCCAGGCUCAGGGCCAAAUGUUCGAAGUGCGACCUCAGAAACUUGUGGUGCCCUCUCGCGACGAGCCCAUGAACAUGUUUCAGCCGGCUACCUGGGCCAUGGCAUUCCCGGAUCUUUUCCCCUGGGGAGACGGCGUGCCUUUCGUCAAGCGCGAGACUGGCAUGGGGGCAGGCGAAGAAAAAGUCGAAGUGGCGAUGCACAGCAUUUGGCUGGUCAACGUGCUUGGAGAUCCGGUCUACACCCCGUGUAGACACUGUCAGACCAAGAUUGAUGACGUCAGCGGCAAGUGCAAGCGUGCUGACACCAGUGGCUGCCAGACGGAGCCCGCAGAGGCUGCUCGCGUGCUGGCCACCGUGCACGUGGCGGAUUGGACGGGGCAGCUGGACAAUGUCCUGGUGGGAGGAGCGGAGCUCGCAGUGCUGGCCCGGGUCGCGGACGAGCAGGCGCUGGCCCAGUUGCUUCGGGACAAGGGCCCGCAGGCGCUUUGCUUCAAGGGGCCCUUCGAUGCUCGCUUGGGUACUUCACAGCGGCUGGGGCAGCCCCGCGGCGCUUUGCUGCAGUCCUCGCAAGCUUCGCAGGCAUCCGCAAGUGCUCCGACGCAAUUUCAGAUCUUAGCAGCUCGUCCUUCCUUCGGAGAAGCUUACGAUGAGCGCGCGCGUCCCAUGGUCAAGAAGGUGACGCGCCUGGUAAAUGAAAUGAGGGAUGGCGCGGUCCUGCCUGUGCAGAGUCUGUUCUCAGACUUGUCCUGCUCGGACCUCGGGACCUUCUUCACGCGCGGUUCCGUGUUCGCGGAGUGCGUGACGCUGCUGGCCUUCGCCAAGGACGAGCCGUCCAUGGACGAGGUGGACAUUGGCGGCGAGAAGCAUUUGGUCACCAAGCACCAGCAGGUCUUUUCGUACCCACACAUGGACGGCGCCCAGCCAUUCGCGAUCGAGGCCUUUUGUCACUUCACCAGCUGUCACCUCUUCAACAUGGCAGACGGCCAACCACGGUUUUUGGUGGGACGCGUACUCAGGAACGAGGCCACGGACGCUGUGGUCUUGCACGUGGAGUGGAUGUCCCGGGCGACGGAGGCUCAAGUUCGCAACCUGGAGACAGAGCGCGCCAUGGUCUGGGACUUGCUCGCGGGGGAGCCGACGCUGCAGAGCAACAAGCGCCCGGCCACCAGUCUCAUCGAGGAGACGCCGACGAAGGUGAAGUGCGCAGCCUGGGACGUUGCCUGUGCGCCGGCGCCGGACACGGCGGAAGGCUCGCCCUGGACAGGUCAGUCAGCGCCUGCAGCGCCUGUGGGCAUGCGCACACUCUCGCAGCUCCUGCUAAAAAGACUGCGUGUCUCCCUGGACUGA